CACCGCGACGGUCUUGCUCGCCGCACUGAUCGCCGCCUCUCCAUCCCCUGUCUAUCCUUAUUUCUCAAUACCGUGUACAUUCCGUGUACCCAUAAUGUCUCGUCACAGAUUUGUACGCAAUAUCAACGUUCAAGAGGAACUCGAGGAUGACUACGCAUCGGAUGGCGGGGAGGCCGAUAUGGACCCUGAAGAAUAUGAACAAAUGAUGGAGGGGCUGGAACGUGUCAGGAUAACACUUGGAUCCCCAGAGCAGUCUGGUCUAUCAGACCAGGAGAUCAAGGAUACCUGUACUACUACCAGUAUGACGUUGUCAAAAGCGUCGACUAUCUAAUGGAGGAGCAGGAGAGGAAGAAGGUUACUCAAGAGCGCAAAGACCCGGCAGAGAAACCUUUGCCGCCUGUUCCUCAAGACGAUGAGCCUGAAGGCCUGGACUAUCAACCUGUCUACCCUGGCUUUGUUCCUCCCUCCAUGUCUGGUAGAUCAAACAUCCCGCUCAUUCGGUUGGCACAAAUGCAACCCGAAGACGAAGACGUUGAUUACUCUGAGCCCUCUGAUGGUUUUCACCACACCACUCUGAGUGUCAUCGAGGAGAAGACAGAGCGGUCCGAGUCUGAGGCUAGUCUUACACCGCGUCCUAGGGCCCCCGCUCUACCGCGUGUCUCCUAUGCGACCUCAAUGACAUCAACCAUAGACUACGGACAAGUGAUUGCCCGCAGCGAGAAGAAAUCCAAACUGUCGUCACUCGCGAGUUCGAGGUCGAGCAUGCGGUCGAGCGCGAGCAGUGUUAGCUCAAGGACGUACACGUCGGAAGACGGCGACGAGUCUCUUGUGACUUAUCCUGGCCUCAGGCCCUCUGCCGCAUCCAUGAUGUCGUUCGCUAACGAGGCUGAUGACGCAUCUACCGUCACUGGAUCGUCGUCCAUGUCGUCUCAUGUGCGUCGGGCCAUAGCGACUGCAUUGGAACUGGAAGCUGUCGAUGAAGCUGCUGGCGACGCCACAACUCGAACUGGUCAGGGUGCGCCACAGGCUCCGGAGCCCGUUAUCGAGCGAGCCAGUCCUGCUCCCACUCGCAUAGAGUUACCUUCACCGCCACCUGCCCAUCCACCAAAGCUCUCGCGUCGAGUAUCUCCAGCGGCCACGGCGACGCGCGAAUUGAGCCUGGUCCAGCCCACAUCCCCUCCAAUCAGGGAUACCCAAUCUCCUGUGUCGUUACAUCCCACUGGCAAGCAGCCUUCGAAGCUUGCCAUGCUAGCCCAAGCCAAGGCUGCACAACAGCAGGGGCCAUGGAUGCCAAAGCCGAAGAAGACGUCUGCUGUGCCAUCUAACACGCCAUUGGUGUUGAACAAAACCCAUACCGAAUAUAUGCAGCCCAUAGCGAAUGGUGCUACUGCAACGACGGCCAUCACGACUUCUUAUCAGACACUCAGCAGCCUCAUGUCACAAGAUCGGUCCGCAUUGCCGCCUUCAAUACCACAAGUUGCGCGGACACCCGAUAUGUUGUCACCGCGAACCAGUGGUGCAAAGGAGGCAAAACCGUCCAAGCUCGCAAUGAAGAGCAAGGCAGCGCAGCGAAGGGCUGAACGUGAGCCUGAGCCCGUUCUUGAAGAACCACAGAUUACACCGCUAUCGCCGCUGUUCUCGCCACAAGCCAUUCGUUCCCGUGCGUCGCCCUCAGCCUUCGCUUCCGUUCUCGUCGAUGAAACCGCUCUGAUGACCCUUCAAGACACCGACGACAAGCAGACGGGUCGCAGGGAGAGAUCAUCAAGCGAGUCGCGAAGCGGUUCCUCCAAACAUGGCUCGACUCACAGCAGGUCGGAGAAGUCAAAGCGUUCGAGCAAGCACGACAGCCUGCUUCCCCCAGCCCCGGAGUUGGCGGCCCUUCGUGGCUUCUCCUUUGACGUGCCCAGCCCAGAUGACGUCGUAUUCAACGCUAGACGGGGGACAUCGCUCGCGCCACGCUCCAUUUCCGCUGCCAAAGAGCGCGAGAAGGCAGCCAAGUUGGCGCAGCCUAAGAAGGAUGCGACAUCGGCAAAGGCGACCAAGAAAACUGCUUCCAAAGAGACCCCACUGUCUAGACACGCAAGCGGCCAAGCCCAGAUGGACAUUUCUGGUCUUAACCUCGCGCUCAAAGACGAGCCGAUCGUGGAAGAAGAACCGCCUAAGGUUGCCAUUGCUUUCGACAAGCUCCUCGAACAGGUGAGGGCAGAGCUCCAGGCUCAGGAGCAUGGCGAGAAGCGUGGAUUGAGUCUUGUUGUGAUCGGUCAUGUCGACGCUGGGAAGUCUACUCUUAUGGGGAGACUGCUAUAUGAGUUGGGACGCAUGGACGAGAAGAAGCGAGUCGCCAAUGAGCGCGGCAGCAGUAAGAUCGGGAAAGGCAGCUUCAGUUGGGCUUGGGAACUUGACGGCACAAUUGAGGAGCGCGAACGUGGUAUCACCAUGGACAUCGCUACACAAUCAUUGAGCACACCGCACAGGGACAUCACGAUUCUGGACGCACCGGGUCACAAGGACUUCAUACCUAAUAUGAUCUCUGGUGCUUCACAAGCGGAUUCGGCCCUUCUCGUUGUGGAUGCCGCGACAGGCGAAUUCGAGGCUGGGUUCCAGAGAGGCGGCCAGACACGCGAGCAUCUGCUACUUGUACGGAGCUUGGGCGUGAGUCAGGUCAUCGUUGCUGUCAACAAAUUAGAUCAGGUGCAAUGGGACAACAUCCGCUAUGAGGUCAUAUGCGAUGCCCUUAAACGUUCCUUGUUCAGUCAGGUUUCCAUCCUUCCAAGACCAAGCCCUGAGGCUCAAGCCCUUUCGAAGUGGUACACCGGUCUCACAUUAACAGACCUUUUAGAUGCACUGGAACCCCCGUCGCGUAAUGUUACUGCACCCCUUCGCUUCCCUAUCUCCAACGUCUUCAGAGAACAAGGCGCUGGGCUCGGAGUUGCUGUGGUGAAGUCGAUCAUGAGCGACGACAAGAGCCUGCCGUGGGCCAUCGACGGCGCGAACGUCAUCGUCUACCUAACAUCCGUCGACCCUGCCCACUUGGCCAUCGGGAGCGUUCUCUGCCGACCUUCGGACGUCAUCCCGCUCUCCAGCUCGUUCACGGCGAGGGUCAUCAUCUUCGACAUCGACAUUCCUAUCACCGUCGGCGCAUCGGUCGAGCUCUACCACCACUCGCACGACGUCCCCGCGUCCAUCUCGAAACUGCUCGCUACACUCGACAGAGCCGCAGGCACAGUCGUCAAGAAGAACCCUCGCGUUUUGACGAAGGGCGCGUCUGCGGAGGUGCAGAUCUCACUGCGUCCCAGCGGCACGUCCGGCCCUUCUGCGAAGGCGCAGCCCAUCCCGAUAGAGCCGUUCUCUGUGAACAAAGACAUGGGCAGAAUACUAAUUCGCCGCGGUGGAGAAACCAUCGGAGCAGGCAUUGUCCUGGAGCUCAAUCAAUAAAUGACAAUGGGAAACCGCAGAUACACGAAAGCAGGAUCAUGUACGAUUGCACAGCAGAGGCAGAGGCAUAAUGAACGAUCUAUAUGUAGCGAACUUACAAACGGCCCAUGAUAUGAUGUAUUUCUGUUUCUUCCAAGCUCGCGAAACAUGGCGUCCGCUCUCAACUC